AUGGUUCAAGAAUUGUGUAGCAAGUUGGAGCAACUGGAGACGCCGUUCUCUAGGUUGAGGUCCCUCAAAAAUCCUAAUGACCUUUGUAAAAAGGUAAUUCCAUGGAGGCAAGAGUUUAAGAUUUUCAGAGAAGUCAAUAGCGAUGAAGAGAAUAAGGAUAAGCUACAGAACUUCAACCAGGAUGCAAACGUACUAGACUGGCUGGAGGACGUCAAAAAGUUGGCUGAUGAUGUGCAGGAGAUACUGCAUGAGAUUGCUAUCACUGGAAAGAGUUCACAAAAGCGUGGCUUCCUUGCUCGUUGUCGCAAUCCAGUAGCUGAUACUACAUUUACUGAAAAAGGCAUUGGUUAUGACAAAAUGACAUGUAGCAUCCGUUUAAGUGCCUAUGCAGCUGCUUCUGAUGUUGAGGGAAUUGACAAGAUUGUAAAUUUGGUGGAAUCCAUCCCACUGUUCUGUUGGACUGGGAAAUUUAUGGAACUGCAGCUAGUGGGUACGCAAAAGCUGGGUUUUUGGACAGUCUUUGCAAAUGCGAAGAAAUCUGAGGGACUAAUAUCAGGCAAAAGCCGCUCUAGUGCUGCUAAAGCAUACGAAAUUCUAUUAAGACAGUAUGCAACGACUGGGCAGAAAGAUGAAGUUUAA